AUGGCCGUCAGCAAAGUGUUUACGACCUUUAGAGGCGACGUGAUAUUCUUUUCUCUUUUAAAUAUGGGCAGCAACGAUGAAAACUGUAUUGAAGUUCAAAUCUUUGGCUUUUCUAAAUCCUCUAGAUCCUUCACAAGGACUGCAAAGCAACUGCUACCCCUUGGAAUAUUAGGACACGAACUGGAACUCGUUUCUGCAAAAUGUUUGAUGAACUCAACUACAGGAAUGUACCAGCCUUUAUUUUGCUACGCCAGAUUCGAAUGAAGCAUUCCAGCACACAGGAGCUGCAUGUAUUACUUCUAAAAGAC